AUGUCGUCCAUCAAUUACAAUAAUAAUAAUACUAAUAAUCAAAUACCAUUACGAGAUCCCAAUGCACCACCACGUCUGGUAAGAAACAUAAGUCGUCGUGGUGGUGUUUUAGGGCGCAACAAUAAUUAUUUAGGGCGUAACAAUAACUAUUUAGGGCGCAAUAAUUAUUAUAUAGAUGGCAAUCAAUUUUAUCGUCGAAAUAGAGGCAAUAUAUUUAAUUAUCGACGUUAUCCUCCAAAUUAUUAUCGUCGAAAUUUCUUUUAUAAUCGGAAUUAUCGGAUACCACGACAAUAUUUUAUUCCAAAUGAUAUAGGUGGAUAUGGUUUCGUAGGUCAGCGACAACAACAACAAUUAAGACCAAUUCAACCGGUUAGAUCUUCUAGUCGGCGUCGAUUUAACAAUCGUCCAAGAAGACGAGGUCCACGAACAAUUCGUUUAAAUGAUUUUAUGCCAACUGAAUUACGUGAACCUUCACCAAAUCUUCCACCGGAAUUUAAUAUCGCUACAACAACAACUACGGAUGUUCCACCAGAUGCAUUACCACAGCGUGAAAGAUUUGCUCAAAGAAAUACGACUCAACCUUUUACAAAAAUUAAUCGAUUAACAACUGCUAUUGCUGAAGCAUGUGCUACUAUUUCAGAAUUACAAAUUCAAUUAUCUACUUAUUGGAUGCAAACAAUUUCUGAAACUACAAAUCAAAGAUUAGCUCAAACAACAGCUAAUAUAGUAGCUAAACAAUAA